AUGAACGAUGUGGUUUGGGGGCUCUGCUGUCAUCUGCGUUUCAUGGAGUCGGAUAGCAAAAGUUUCCAGCCCUGGAGAGACUACAUGGGACUUUCGGAUGCAAUCCGAGAGAUACUGUGCCGGAACCCAGAUACUGAGUCAUCAGUGGCAGCCUCCAGUGCUCCACAGUCACAAUCUGAUUCCCUUUGUGAGGCUUUGGGGUCCGUGCGCAUUAACGCACUCUGCCAAAGUGGCGACCUCGGUGCAGACUGUGGACCAGAUCUCCCCGCUGAACCUACACUGCCAGGCUUUUUCGCUCAUCAGCAGCCAGCUGAUGGCCUAUGGGGCGCACCACACGCUUGUUCUGCUGAUGGACCAGACACAGGGAAUUUGAAAACAGGGCCAAGACCGCCGGGUUCUAGGGGACCAAAGACCCGCAGGAAGACGACUCGUUUCAAAACAAAUGAGCCGCCUCCGUCACAUCCACCAUCAGAGCGCAUGUUCUGCAGUUUCUGCAAACACAACGGGGAGUCUGAUUUGGUGUAUGGGUCCCACUGGCUGAAGAACCAGGCCGGAGACGUUCUGUGCCCCUACCUGCAGCAGUACGUGUGUCCACUUUGUGGGGCCACGGGUGCCAAAGCUCAUACAAAGCGCUUCUGUCCUAAAGUGGACAGUGCUUACAGCUCCGUGUACACCAAGUCCAGACGCUGA